AUCCGGUUUCCAUCUUAUAUUUCUGUAUAAAAAACUAUAAAAGAUACAACAACCAUUAUUUCACAUUUACCCGCUUUACAGCAAGCGCAUCUGCUCUAGUUUUCAUUUUCUUGUCCAAGCUCCCUAUAGAAACCGUUUACGAUGCCCAAGAGAAAGGCAGAAACUACAAAGGCCAAGAUAGAGCCAGAAAGGCGGUCUAAAAGGUUAUCUGAAAAACCAUCCGCUCCUAAACCUGAACCAAAAGUAAAAAAGGCUGCACCCAAGAAGACGGGUAAAGUUGCAAAGAAGAGCAAGGCUGAAGCUGGAAACAACCCUGCUGAGAAUGGUGAUGCCAAAUCAGACCAGGCACAGAAGAAUGAUGCUUCUGGUGAUGCCAAGUAAACUGCGUGUGAACUUUUGAUAAUUCUAUGUACUCUCUGUGGCUGUACAGAUUGAAAUAACUUUUUUUAUCAAGUUUUAUAAAAAAAAAAAAAAAAAGAUUUGCUGUUAGUUCCAUUGUUAGCCUUCACUUUUGUUUUGAAACAUUAUUAUUUUGUAGAGUUUUUCAUUAGCUUAAAACAUCUAGUUUUUUUUUUUUUUUCUUUUCUUCUAUGCCAUUGGAAAAUCAUUUCCGUCCGGACCAUGUUAAAAUACGAUUGUUCCCUUUUUAUUAAAGUUUAAAAAAAACUGUGGAAUGUUAUCAUAUAUAUCUCUAUUUUUUUUUUUUUACAUUAAGGCAGCUAAACUAUUAACUUUUUAUAUAGGUAGAUGUUUUGGGGUACCCUUUUUAUUGUGUAUUUAUUUUUCACAGAUUUUUGUAAAACAAAUACCGAUGAAUAAAAUAAAGAAAUAAG